UUGUAACACUGGCGGUUUGGUUUCUGCAGCGCGUCUCGUCUCGCUUAAUUUUCCGCAAUUAUUCCACCAGCAAAGCAAUCAACAAAUAUGCUGUCAAGCAAGAAACCCUCUCAAUUGUACUGCUAGAAAACGUAAAUUUGUUAAAGUAAGUCAGCCAGCCAGUGAGUGUUCUGCUUCGGUCUACGGAAUCUACGGAAAUCCUUUUCGUUCGUUGUUGUUGUUUUUGUUGCUGUCGCCCUGUAUACGCCCUCGCGUAUCGUGUAAGCGGAUCGGAUCGAACAAUGGACAUGGAAUACGCUAACAUCAAUGAAAUCAACGACCGCGACCUGGUGACACGCAUGCGCAGCUGCAAUUAUGAAAAGUACAAGUCUCUGGUGCGCAUGCACCUUUCCUUCGAGCUGGAACUGAACACCGACGAGUUUGACUUGCCGUGCCAUGAGAUCGUCUACGAAGAUAAGGGCAAGCUAAAAAAGUGGAAUCGCCUGUCCAAGAAGAAUCGCGGACCUGCCACAGGAUGCACGGCUGGGGCAGGCAGUAAGUCGGCGGGCAACAGUCCCACGGAAACGCUGCAGCAGCAGAUCGAUGCAGGCUUCCUCAUGCAUCUGGAGGAGCUGAAAGAUUUUCUCAUGCUGGAGAAGAAUCUCACCCAGGAGGGACUCUUCCGCAAGACAGGAGCCGUUUCUCGACAGAACGAGCUAAGGAUGCACAUCCAGCAUGACCUGCCCCUGGAUUUGGAGCUGACGGGAUUCUCGGCACACGACUGUGCCACCGUUUUCAAGAGCUUCCUGGCCGAGUUGCCAGAGCCUUUGCUCACAGACGCCCACUAUCCGGCACAUUUGCAGAUAGCGCCGCUUAGCCAGGCACUGAUUGGGGGUCAGGUGGCGGCUACCGCAGAGCGUCAGCGGCAUCUUCUCAAUUCGGUGCAGCUGCUCCUCCUCCUGCUCCCCGAAGAGCAUCGCGAGCUUCUGCAGCACAUUAUAGAAAUGCUGCAUGCGGUGGCAGAGCGUGAGGAGAGCAACAAGAUGACCGCAGAGAAUCUGGCCACCUUGUUUACGCCGCACCUGAUCUGCCCCAGGCAACUGCCGCCCGAGGUGCUCCACUACACGGCAAAGAAUAUGUCCAGCAUUGUGUCGUACAUGAUUCGGCAGGGCCUGGAGAUCUUCGAGGUGCCCGGCAAGCUGGCCAUCGAUAUUCGGGCGUACUUUCUUGAGCGCAAACGCAAGAAAACCAUGUCACCGGAGCAAACGCUCGACGAAUCCAUCUCGGACGUCUCGACGGUCAACACGAUGUACACUUUUGUAGACCGUGCCGCCACUGCAGCGGCCAACAACAGCAAUAACACGGACACUGAGCUGGCGCAGCUGUACGCUCACAUUCAGAGCCUGCCGGAGUCCUCCAAGAAGCGUCGACUCAUCAAGCAGUUCAACAAGCAAAACGGACAAGGCACACCUCUGCAGGUUGUGGUAAUGAAUCGUCUGAAGAACAACGAGGCCACUCGCAGUGCCAAGUCCUUGGGGGACUCCAUCAAAAAGCACAUCUUCCACAAGAGCCUCAUGUCGCGCACCCCCAAGAGAGUUCCCCCCAGCUUUCACACGGAGACGCCCAAUUUGUCGCAUGUGAAGCAGCCCAAGCUGCGUGUGCUGUUCCAGAGUCCCACACCACCGACACCCACCUCAUCGAAGGGCACAAGCGCCACCUUCACCUCCAUUGCUACUAACCCCUUGCAUCAGCUUCAGAAAUCCAUCUCAUCCACAUCGCUCAAAAUUGAGUCCUCGUCCUCGGACAGCAGCUCCAGCUGCAGCAUUUCUGCUUCCGCCAGUCGCCAACAAGCGAAUCAGCUGCCUGAUGGUGUGGCUGCUGUCCGAGAAGAAGACGAGAUCGAUGCCAGUUGCUGUAUGACGCCAAUGAAGAUAAUGUCAGCGGCUGCCAAGCAGCUGAUCGACAAGAAGAGCGUGGCCUGGGACGAGCAUCGCCUGAUCGAGGUCGAGGAGUACUCGAAUCCCUGUACGCCCGUGCAGCAAUCCACGCGCUACAAAUCGGAGCCUAACCUCUCAAGUAUCCUGCCCCAGGUUCCAGGCGAAGAGCAAAGCGACGACGGCGACGGAGCACUCACCCCCAUUGUGGAGGUGUCCAGCUCAAUGGCGGCCAGCUGCAGCAGCAGCCACCACAUGGGCAAGUUGAUAACCCGCAAAUUGAUGAAGGGCGUGAGCAUGGGCAAUCUAAGAUUCCCGUUCAACACCCCGGAAACCACCAAACGAUUGGUGCGCAGUGUAUCGGCCACCCUAAAGCGGCGUCCCAGUGGGGAUGAGGGCAAGCAUUGCCCGUCGGCAGCAGGUGCUCCACUUCUGGAGGACGUGGACGGUAGCGAUGACGACGAUGACGAUGAGGAUGGGGUCGAUGACGAUGACGAUACAUUGUCAGAGUCAAAUGGCAGCUCCAAUGAGUUGCCUGCCAUGACCGUGGGCUACCAGCAGAUCCUGCAGAGCAGCGUGUGUCGCAACAUGGAUCUUAUAACGAGCACACCAUCUCUCCACAUGGGCCGCCGUUCAAUGUCGCCCAUCACUAAAUCGACGCAGCGCAUGCCCAAGUCCAUGCAGGAAUCUAUUAUGACGCCACGCUCCCGCAAACCCGUAAUGCUGCUCAAUGCCUUGGGCGGCAAUGGCGACAAGCAGCUAAACCUGAGCUUAUCCGAGCAGGAUGAACAGGACUCGCUAGCCGGGACGCCCGUAAAGCAGCGCGAACCACCCUCUCUGCACAGUGAGGACGCUACUUCCCUUGGCGGCUAUGCGGAGAUAUUGAGACAUCAGCAGGGCUAUGGCCUGCUCAGCUCCAGACAGCGAACGUGCAGCAGCAGCAACAGCAACAGCAAUGAGGAGUCCAAGCCUCCGAACGCUCUGUCCAGUGAUUUCAAGGAAUAUCUGCUCACACGCAGCGUGCUGACUGCCAGCCCGGCGGAUUUGUCGUUUGCCAGUCGCUCGGAUGAUUUCGGUGGAGCCAGCACCACCCAAGACAUCGAUGACUUCGAUGAGGCCGAGCUGAGUCCCAGUUUGCUGUACUGCUUGGAUGGCAAUGAACCUGCUGCAAUGGUAUCGCCCUUGGGCAAUGCCAGUGCUAGUGCCAGUGCCAGCGCCACAAAUGGUCGCAAACGAUCGGCCGGCACACCACUAAAAUCUCAACUGAUAACAGAUGAUGCGGAAAACAAGGAGAACAUGCAUGUUCAGGACGAUCACGUGCGCACCAAAAAGCUGCUUAUUACUUCUCCCGAGGAGUAUCCAGGCGAAACAGCCCUGUAGCUUUAAAUAUUACAUGUGUAGCUUUUGCAUAAACUAACGUUAAAACCGUUGUACGGUUUUAAAAAAUCAUCUCUCAUCAAAAAUAUUGCUUCCGUGAAAUUAUUUGCGGUGUGACACGUGUUCGCGCCUUGUAACUGACCGCGUUUUACAUUUUAAGCUAAGAAUAUUACAUUAUAAAUGCAUGCCGACGCAAAAAAAAAAAACAAUAAUUUUAAAAAUACAUAUAUAUUAAUAUA